CUUGCUUUCUCACUCUCCAAGUCUCCUCCCCGUGAAAGCUCAUCUUCACCUUCCACGUGAUUUGUCUCCCCGAUCACAAGCUUCUCUUAGCUCGACGCCAUCGUACUUGGGUCUCGUUUCAAUCAACCCAGUAAGUAAAAUCUUCCGCUGACUUUGAGGAAGAUUCUUCCAUGUUCGAUUUGAUCCGGCUCCAGAUAUCCAGAGUUUAUUGCUUCCAAACAGUUUGACUUCAAACCAGAGAAAAAAAAUACGACUGAGAAAGGGAGAGAGAGAGAGAGAGAGAGUAACCGUCUGAUUGACUAUGUAAAGUUGUGCUGAUUGACAGAGGCUAAUGGCGGGAAAAUUGACUUGAGCGCGAUUUAGUUGGGUGGGUGGAUCCAAAAAUGAAGAAGAAGGCGUCGCAUCAGAAGUUACUCUACAGAUGGAAGAGGAAGGUAUACGCUACAUUGAUGUUCGCUUUCUGCUUGGGGACUUUCGUAUUUAUCCAAGCUCGUUUUAGUGGAAUCACUGCGUCUCUCCACUCGCUGAAGAAGCCUCGUCUCCAUCAGAAACCACAGAUUGCUUUCCUCUUCAUUGCCCGGAAUCGCCUUCCUCUCGAGUUUGUCUGGGAUGCUUUCUUUCAGGGUGAGGAUGGAAAGUUCUCAAUAUAUGUUCACUCUAGACCUGGAUUCAUUCUCAGCGAGGCUACAACUCGAUCCAAGUUCUUCUUGGAUCGGCAAGUUAAUGACAGUAUACAGGUAGACUGGGGUGAAUCAACCAUGAUUGAAGCAGAACGUGUAUUGCUCAGACAUGCACUUAGAGAUCCAUUUAAUCACCGCUUUGUUUUUCUUUCUGAUAGUUGCAUACCUCUGUACAGUUUCAGCUACACUUAUAACUAUAUCAUGUCAACACCAACUAGUUUCGUUGAUAGCUUUGCAGAUACAAAAGAUAGCCGUUAUAAUCCUAGAAUGAAUCCCAUUAUUCCUGUUCAUAACUGGAGAAAAGGAUCACAGUGGGUCGUUCUGAAUCGAAAACACUCAGAAAUUGUGGUGAAUGAUACCUCCGUCUUCCCUAUGUUUCAGCAGCAUUGCAGGAGAAAAUCACUUCCAGAGUUUUGGCGAGAUCGUCCUGUACCAGCUGAAGGUUGGAAGGAACACAAUUGUAUACCUGAUGAGCACUACGUUCAGACAUUGCUAUCUCAAAAGGGUGUAAAUAGCGAACUCACACGACGAUCACUGACACACUCAGCUUGGGACCUUUCUUCGUCUAAAAGUAACGAACGUCGUGGAUGGCAUCCUAUGACUUACAAGUUUUCUGAUGCUACUCCUGAUCUAAUACAGUCCAUUAAGGGAAUUGACAAUAUCAACUACGAGACUGAAUAUCGGCGAGAAUGGUGUAGCAGUAAAGGGAAACCGUCGCGGUGCUUCCUCUUCGCCAGGAAGUUCACUCGUCCUGCCGCUCUCCGACUCCUCCGCGAAUCGAUCUUGUUAAAGGACAAAGAGCAAGAGCAAGACAAUUAAAUAGCUCGUUCCCCAUUCAUAGUCAUAGCAUAUAUCACACGUAGGUUUCGAAAUUACAUAGAAACUUACCAUUGGGUAUAUGAAUAAAGCCACGGCGUUAUUACUUGAAAACGGUAGAGAAAGAGCUCAGCAGGGGUGACCUGAGAACACAUGAAAACGAGAGAUGUAACAAUUACAUGAUCGUCAUUACAGCCGUUGAUUGCAAAUGUGUUCUCAUAUCAACCCUGUCGAGAUCCACCACCUUCAUAAUAUCUUCUCUUUAUUACACAACUUGAGUUUUUAUUUGUCUCGAAUCUGCUGGGAACUAUAUAUAAAAUGAAUGAUUGAGUAGUACUCAAUAUUACCACAAAAAAGAUUGUAGUACACGGGCUAAAAUUUUGUAGCAUUCGUUUACGUUUUGUAUAGUACAACAAAAAGAUCA